UCAAGGUUUCAAGUUUCAGAGACUAUUUCAGAGACUACUUUUUUUGUUAUUGUUGUUGUUGUUGUUGUUGGGGUUUUUUUUAAAGAAAAAUCAACUAUGUUUCCAAAUGGGACAGAGAGACCGUGUGUCCUGUCUGUACCAACAUGGGGGAAAAUGUCAUGGAGAAACACUUUUCCCUUUUAACAGCACACAUCAGCAGGGUCAACCUAUAUCGACCUGGUGUAAAUCCCUCCCUCCGUGUGUCCCGCUGUGACCGGAGCCAGACCACCAGCUCCACUGAAACGCAAUAUGCAACGAUGAUUAAUGAGACGUUUCGGUUUUAUUCUGGAUGAAAUCUCGACCUGAAAUUUCUGCAGAGAAAAAGAAUCAGGGCAUUAUGAAACGUCUUCUCGUGGGUGUGUGUUGUUUUUUUUUUUUUUACUCUCUUCCUCCCUCCCACUCUCUUUUCUCGGCUGUUUCACUGACUGAGCAUGUGUUUUUCAUUAUCAGUGUGAGAUUAGAGCUGUGGCGUUGCUGCUGUAGUCUGCUCUCUCUAUAUCACCUCUGAUGUGGUCACCUCUGGACCUCAGCAUGUGUGUGUGUGUGUGUGUGUGUGUGGUGGGACUCUAACCAGCGUACAUCCGGUCCCCGGUGUGGUGAUGUCACCAGUGCAACAGCUUGAAAUCUGUAAACACGUCUGCUUUCCUCCUCUCUCUCUGGAGCUCAGAGUGCAGCGUGGAGGAAAUGUUCAAGUUAAAACAGGCUUGUUUAAAAAAUAAUAUAUGGUGAAAAGGAAAUGACCCUUUGGAUCCCCUUAUCUAGUACUUCUGCACAACACAAAAGCAGACGCUUUUAUCCGAUGACGCAGGAUCUGAUCCGAGUACAUACAGUACGUAUAUAAUGAUAAUGAUAAUGAUUCUUUAUUGGUCACAUAUACAGUAGAGCACAGUGAAAUUGUUUUCUUCGCAUGUCAGGAAGUUGGGGUCAGAGCGCAGGGUCUCACACACACACACAUGCGGCGCCCCCUGGAGCAGAGAGGGUUAAGGGCCUUGCUCAAGGGCCCAACAGUGGCAGCUUGGCAAUGCUGGGGCUUGAACCCCCCGACCUUCCAAUCAGUAACCCAGAGCCUUAACCAUUAAGCCACCACUGCCCCAAUGUAUAUAUGAGCGACUAAAGGUUAAAGGUCUUACCCAAGGGCCCCAAAGAGAGUCUCAGGUUCCACAAGCAUGGAGCCAGUGCUGGUUCACUGAACCCGCAAAUCUUUUUUUUUCCUCUCUCUUUCUUUCUUUUAGAAUCCAUAAUAAUUCUACGCACUUUAAAACCUGAGCCAGUAUGUUAUUAGACAUGGGAGUUUCACUGACAGGGGUCAGGGAGGCGACCCUGGAGUCUCCUUACACAAACGCUAAAUGAACAUCUCGCAGAAAACGUCGUCGUUUUCAUCAACGACUGUAUCAUUUCAUUUGUUAAACAGCAGCAGGGAUUUUUUUUUCUGUUUAUUUUAAGUAUUACAUUAUCUGACGCAUCCUGUGUACGUUGUUAAUAAGGUAUUAGAACGAGUGCAUUGAUAUAUACCUGCGAUUUGCCUUGCAGCUGGAACUACAGUCAGAGCAACGGUUGUAGAAACCCAAUCAACACCUACUGACCAAUCAGAAUGGAGAAUUCAGUGCUGAGGAAUAAAAGUGUUACUUGUCCGUUUCUGAAUGUAUAAUUACAUGAUUAUAGUGUUAAUGAAAGUAUAAAAUGGGCGGUGAGGUUAAACUGUGUGUGUGUGUGUGUGUGUGUGUGUGUGUGUGUGUGUGUGUGUGUUUGUUAACGAGUGCCCUGGGGAUACAGACAUGGAGGAUCAAACAACCAGCUUUUAUUAUUCACAGGAGGAAGCCGUACCUAAAUGCUGAGCGUGGAGAAAACCAAAGAUUUAUUUGUUUGUUUAUUUAUUUAUUUAUUUAAGGAAGAGGAAAAAGGUACACAGAGAAGAUGAGAGCCUGCAGCUGAAAAUGGCUUCCUCUUCCUUAUUAUGCAUGCGAUAGCUGUGUUAAGGGACAGGGUUAUGUGUGUGUGUGUGUGUGUGUGUGUGUGUCUGUGUUUGUUAAUAUCCUAAACGUCCCAAUUGAUCUUAAUCCAGGCAUAAGUGACUCAUCGGGGAUGAAGGGAUGUUUGUAAUACGAGGUGUGAGACAUCAGGAAUAAAUAUCAGGAAUACGAGGAACCUGCACAGGCCACAUGCGAAACAAUCUGAAUAGGUUCUGCAGAUGUGGCUGUAACACUUGCGUAACACUGAAAUGUUCCUGUUCAGGCACGCAAAAUCCUCUCGUCCUUUCUCACACUAGUCCAACCCCCUCACCCCCACACCCCACCCCCUUCACUCCCCAGCUCACACCCCUCUCAGUACUUACUCUGAAGGUUACUUUGGACAGAAGCUCAGACAGCAAGACAGACAGGAGGAAACAGGAAGAACAGAGAGAUAGAGGAUGGGACAGAGCUGGGGAGGUGUAGAAAGUUGGAGAAAGAGGUAUGAAGACAGAAAGAAGAAACAAAAUAGUAACUGUGAGAUGGAUAGAGUAGGAGGGAAGGAGGAUUGUGGUGAGGGAGCGAGUGGAGAAAAAGCAAGGGAGAGAGAGAGAUAGAGAGAGAGAGAUAGAGAGAGGGGGAAAGUAGAGAAAGACAGAGAGCUGGAGAAAAACAGAGGGGAAAGUAGAGAAAGACUCUACGUGUAUAUGUGAACUGUAUGAGGGGGAAAUAGAGAGUUCGAGAUAGAGGGAUAAAGAGAGAGGAAAGUGAGAACGAGAGAGAGAAGAAUGAAAAGCGUAAGAGUGAGAUGGAGAGAGUGAGAAAGAAGUAAGGAGGAGGAAAAGAGAAAAAAAAAGAGAAGAGAGGGGAAGAAAGCGCAAGAGAUUGAGGUGGGGUAAAGAGAUAAAGAAUGUGAGGAAGAGCCAUGAGAAAGAAAGAUUAAGACAGAUAGUAAGAGCGAAAUAAGGGCAGAGGGAGGGAGGGAGAGAAGGAAGGGAAGAAAGAGCAGAAAACAGAGAUGAGAUAAAGAGAUAUAGAGGAGGGGCGGAAGAGAAGAGCGAAAGGAAAAAGGUCAUGGAAAAUAAGACGGAGACAGAGAGAUGGAGACAAUGUCGAGGGGUGAGAUGGAGGGGGAAAGAGAGAGGGAGAAGGGGAACGAGUGAGAAAUGAGGAGAGAUGAGAGAGGAAGAAAAAAUGGAAGGAGGUAGAGAAGGGAAGUGGUGAGAGAGGAAAAGAGAGAAAGAUGUGGAGGAGCAAGGAGAAGGAAAAGAGAGGGGAAAAUAGAGAGAGAAAAAGAGAUGGGGGGGUGACAUGGUAUAGUGUAGUGGGUUGGUUUCUACGCAGCAUUCCUAUGUACAGCAGUUUCUUUUCACUGGUUAUCUUCGUGUAUGAGGCAGGAAAAACAGCGCCCUCUGUUGACAUUUUCCAUUGCUGUGAGAUUUCACCAUGUGGCUCUCAAUGAUGAUCCUCUUGGCGCUCUGUGCCACGGGAAAAACAGAGGAAAACACCACACAGAGUCCAGCCGGAAAAGAAAAACUCAUCAUUGCCAGAGGGAAACUGAUUGCUCCCAGCGUGGUGGGAUGAUCCAUAAAGAAGAUGCCCGAGCUCUACAAGUUCCUCAUGGAGCGCUUGGCACUGUAUCAUAACCUGGAGUAUGAUUCCGGAGACGACAAAAACCCACGUCUUAUCUUUUACAAUGAGAAGGAUGAGGAGGUGAAGAUUGUUCCACUCAAGAAGAUGAAGUCAGAUGAAAUCUGUGAUCUUCUGGACUCUCUUGGCUUCUACAAGAGGUCACAAAAAGGAGAGGAUGUCCCUGAAGAAUUUAUGAAUUUCCCCCUGAAGGCUCCACGAGACGAACUUUGACCCCUGGUGGUCAACAGCUGCAACUGCACCAAGCAAAAAUAAUGACGCCCAGGACCUCAAGGCCUCACAAUUGGGUCAGGUUCUGGGCUGAGAUACAGUAGUGUUAGCUUGGUGCAGCAGCUGUUUGCAACUAAUCACUUAAACAUGAUGAAUUGCAUAAUAAAUGGUUUUGAAAUCUU